AUGGUAGAAUUCUUAGGGGAAUCCAGCCAGGGUAUGUGGAAGAGCUCGCAGUCCCAGUUACAAUCGCCGACAAAAAUUGAUCUGCAGUCUGUUUCACCUGAUGGUUCGCCACCCAAGCUGGGACCCAAUCACAGUUUAUUUAUGGCAAGCAUUGGGAAUUCUCCAACUAGAAGACGGCUACAGAUCGACUCGACGGCUGAAUUGAACUCACAAGCAGGCGAGACCGAUAUGAACGCUGGUGGUAGAUCUUCAACAAGAGCAAUAGAAUCAUUGCACCAGAGAAUUGAUUCACUAACAAACACCAAUCUUCAGCUUACAAUUCAGUCUAACAGUCUAUUAGAGAAGCUCGAAAAUGCUCAGCAAAGGGAAUUAAAACUACUGGAGAGCACAUCGUCUUUGAAACAUGAGAAUGAGAAUCUGGGGUCAAUGCUGAACAGAAAAACGCGCAAGCUGAAAGAUGUCGAGGAAGAGCUUUAUCAGAUAAAGUUAGAGCAUAAUGCGGUGUUGGAGGAGAGGGUAAAGCUAGAAGCGGAGCACAAGUUCACAGACGAAAAAGCAAGAACUCUAGAAAGCAAAAUGGAAAUGGGAUGUGCACAAUACGAUGCGAUUGUAGAUUCGCUAACACACUAUAAGACACAUUAUAAAGUGCAAAUAAACGAACUAAGAGAAGAGCUGGAGACAUUACGAUCAGAGCAAACGCAACAUUUUGAUAAGGUCUGCCGAGAUUCCAAAACUCUUGAUUUGAAAUUGCAGGAUUUUGAUUACAAGUAUGAAAAUUUACAGCAGGCGGAAGAUGUUCGCUUGCAGUUCUUCAAUGAUCAGUGUGGUGAUAUAUUAAAACAGUUUAACUUGCAUUCCUGGGUCGAUCUUUACAGAGAAAGUAAAAAAAUGGUCAUUGCAUACGCAGAACGUAUGGAACUGGAUCUCCCAAAAAGUUUCACGAAGUUGAUUGAAGACCCACUUCUUGUUGACGUGGAGUCAGCAUCCUUUCAAAUCCCUGGCGCUAGAAGUACUAGUGAUAACGCCUGUUCACAUCCUUUGAAAGUUCCAAAACUGAGAAACAAAUCGCAUGGAUCCUCAGGUAACAAUUCACACACUAAAAGGAGCAGCUUCUACGGAGGUAACAAACAAAUACAUAACUCACCACUUCCGGGCACUUUACCAGGUGUUCGAAGAUCAUCAUCGAGAAGAGUAAAGAGCUCUACAUCGGAUAUUUCCAACUCUUCGGCAGAAUCCUCACCAAUAAUUACAUCUAGCGCUUCGAGAAAUGCGUCUUCGCCGUCACCCAGAAUGGUGCAGACUCCAUCAUUCAGGAAAAAAAAUGAUGCUUAA